GCGGGGGCCGGAGGAGCCGCACGCCGCCCCCUGCACCCUCCCCGGAGCCCUUGGGCUACCUGCCGCCCAUCCACAGCACCUACCAGUACAAACAGAGGUCGCUCUCGCCUGUCACCAGCCCCUUGCUGCGGGAGCCACGGCCGAGACACGCUCACGCUGCAGCUGCUGCCUUUGCUUUGGAAGCUGCUGCCAUCGGACUCUCCCGGGAGCGGGAGAGGGCUCUGGAUUACUACGGGCUGUAUGAUGAGCGUGGCCGACCCUACACUUACCCCAUCGUGGCUGAGGAAGACCUGAUGCCAGAGGAUGACCAGAGAGCUACUCGGAACCUCUUCAUUGGCAACUUGGACCACAACGUCUCGGAGGUAGAGCUGAGACGCGCCUUUGAGAAGUAUGGCAUCAUCGAAGAGGUGGUGAUCAAGCGCCCUGCCCGGGGCCAAGGUGGGGCUUACGCUUUCCUCAAGUUCCAAAACUUGGACAUGGCACAUCGGGCCAAGGUUGCUAUGUCAGGCCGUGUUGUUGGCAGGAACCCUAUCAAAAUUGGCUACGGCAAAGCCAACCCUACUACCAGGCUGUGGGUGGGUGGUCUUGGUCCAAGUACUUCCUUGGCUGCCCUUGCUAGGGAGUUUGACCGCUUUGGCAGCAUCAGGACUAUUGACUAUGUGAAGGGAGACAGCUUUGCUUAUAUCCAGUACGAAAGCUUGGAUGCUGCCCAGGCUGCCUGUGCGCAGAUGAGGGGCUUUCCUUUGGGUGGACCAGAGAGGAGACUUCGAGUGGAUUUUGCCAAAGCCGAAGAGACGAGAUACCCGCAGCAGUACCAGCCGGCACCUCUCCCCGUGCACUACGAACUGCUGGCUGAUGGGUAUAGCAGACACCGAAGCCUAGAGCAAGACUUGAGGGUGCGAGAUAGGACUCCUCCGCACCUCCUGUACUCGGACAGAGACAGGAGCUUUGCAGAGGCAGACUGGACCAGCCCUGCCAAAAAUGCUGAACGCAGAAACAACUUGGAAAGCUACAGCCGAUCAGUGCGUAGCCGGAGUGGAGAACGCUGGGGCAGCGACAGCGAUCGUAACGUGCCCAAACCGUGGGAAGAAAGGCGGAAACGCCGGAGUCUUUCCAGCGAUCGUGGGAGGACUACUCACUCGCCUUAUGAGGACAGAAGCAGGACAAAGGCCAGUGGGCCAGCUUUAGACCGCAGCCCAGACAGGGUUCGCAAAGAGAAUCACACUACAGAAUCCGGAGCCGAGAAAGAGCAGAGUAACUCCCUUCAGAACAAUCGUCAUGCAACUGAGGAGAAACCUCAUCGUGAAGCAUCCGAUGCUCCCCAGCCUAAAAAAAGGGACAGCGAACGCAAUCAUCGAACUGGCGAAUCGGAAUCAAAAACUCAUGAGGAGCCAAAAUCUGAGACCAAAAAGUUAAAGAAUUUAUCAGAAUAUGCCCAGACGCUUCAGCUUGCUUGGAAUGGGCUUCUUGUGCUAAAAAAUAGCUGCUUCCCUACGUCUAUGCACAUCCUGGAGGGAGACCUGGGCGUCAUCAAUGGACUCCUUAAAGACCAUUCAUCUGGCGGGAAGUUAACGCAGCUCAAAAUUGCUCAGAGACUUCGGCUCGACCAGCCCAAGCUGGAUGAAGUAACUCGCCGUAUCAAACAAGGCAGCCCCAAUGGCUAUGCUGUGCUACUGGCUACCCAAUCCACCCCAGGAGGGGCAGGGGCUGAGGGGACCUUCCCUGUUGUAGAGCCUGGCUUGCAGCGACGGCUUCUCAGGAAUCUGGUCUCCUACUUGAAACAGAAGCAGGCUGCUGGGGUUAUCAGCCUGCCCGUGGGAGGGGCGAAGGGCAGAGACAGCACAGGCAUGCUUUAUGCAUUCCCUCCUUGUGAAUUCUCUCAGCAGUACCUCCAGUCAGCACUAAGGACAUUGGGGAAGUUAGAAGAAGAACAUAUGGUGAUAGUUAUAGUCAAAGACACUGCCUAGCCCACACUGUCUUUUCAAAUUCCAUGUUUUCUUUGUGUGUCACACAGCCCAGUUGGUUUUAAGGCCGAUCAUUUUGGUGGAGGUGCAAAACACCUCCACCAAAAUGGUAAGAUUUUUAGUUUCUAAUUAAUUUUAAUACCAUUUAAAUAGAGCCCAUUUUAUUCGUUUUUAAUAUGUGACACUGUCCGCUGUGUUCUGUAUUUUUAUUUUUUAACUGUAUGAAAAGUUGUCAGUAAAGCCUUGUUCACUGAUGGAUUUCUAAA